UCUCGGGGUAAGCUACGGGUUCAUCUCAUGUAGCGAAACAGCGGCGAUCGGCCAGCAUGGCUGCCACAGGAGAUGCUUCCAACAAGCGAAAGCGCGAUGACCGAGUGAGGAAGGACCUGAGACUGGACAUCAUGAUUGAAAGCUUGAUGCAGCUUCGGUCCAUCAGACCCAUCGAAGGAAAGCAAGUGGCUCUAAAGGAGGACGACUUGCACACCCUUGUCGUUAAGGCCCAGGGCAUUUUUGCAGAUCAACCAAUGCUGUUGGAGCUCGAUGCGCCCAUGCAGGUGGUCGGCGAUGUCCAUGGCCAGUACUACGACCUGCUCAGAAUUCUUGAGUACGGUGGAUCUCCAAAGAAUAGAAAUUACCUGUUCUUGGGAGACUACGUGGACAGGGGUAAAAACUCCAUCGAGUGCAUUGCCCUCCUGUUUGCCUACAAGGUGCAGGAGUCUGAAAACUUUUUCUUGCUGCGAGGAAACCACGAAUGCGCAUCCAUCAAUAAGAUCUAUGGCUUCUAUGAUGAGUGCAAGAGACGAUACAGCGUCAAGUUGUGGAAGAGCUUUUGUGAUGCCUUCAAUUUCAUGCCAGUGUGCGCCCUGAUCCAGGAUCGCAUUAUCUGCAUGCACGGGGGCUUGUCUCCAGACCUCAAAAACUUUGAUCAGAUACGGGAAAUCCAACGUCCAGCAGAAGUGCCCGAGGCAGGACUUCUCGUGGACAUUUUAUGGUCCGAUCCAUCUCCAGUAGUGGACAGCUGGGGGGAAAAUGAUCGAGGAGUCUCGUUCACCUUUGGUCAUCAAGUGGUGAAGUCCUUCCUGAGAAAGCACAACUUGGACCUGAUUUGUCGCGCUCAUCAGGUCGUGGAGGAUGGCUACGAAUUCUUCGCCGGUCGACAAUUGGUAACCGUUUUCUCUGCGCCGAACUACUGCAGAGAGUUCGACAAUGCCGGUGCACUGAUGACCAUUAAUGAAACACUCUACAUUUCAUUUCAUGUUCUCAAACCGCAAUUACCGUGAUCAAAUCUAAAA